GAAAGUUCCACCAGUGAACACGCACAAUUGUGAGUGUCAAAAAACAUUUCGUGCUUAUUUAUUAUUUCUCUGAAAAUCGGAAAUACUGUUAUUAAAAAAUCAAUUCUACAGUGAAUUAAUUUCCUGAAAAUCUGCUGGAAAUUCAAGUACUUGUGACUUUUUUGGAGUGAUAUCAGUGAAAAAUCGUGUUUUUUUUAUUUGUGUGAAAUGAAAUGAAUUCAUAUUUAUCUUCCUAAUUUGUUUCUGUAUUAGCGUUAUUCUCCCUCUGGAAUUGUUGCACUUCUCGUCUAAAUUCUUCGUCGGUGAGGAGGCUGAACAAGGGCUCUAAUGUAUGCCCCAUGCAACAUUUUACAAGAAUAAAGUACGAGGUAAACUUCAUUAUUGGGAUCAGUAUUUAGAUUUUGUUCGCGAUUUCACAGUUGUAAUCACCGUGUUUAAGAUUUCGUAAACCCCUCACCGAACAGUUCGAUGUACAGUGUAAGAAUAUAGAACACAACGAUAAUUACAACGUUUACGGAACGGCAAUAACGCAAUAUACUGCCUCUGAUUUUCUCUUGUCUCUCCCUGCAGCACCUGUUCCGACCAUUUGUUCAUAAAUAUACGUAGCCUACUUCCGAAUGCUGGCCAUUCCAAUCCUAUUGAAGUGGAAUGCUAGUCUGACCUGUGACGAGAUAACUGUGCUCGGAUUUCCAUUGAUAUUAGAUGAUACGAAGAUAAUAUUGAUAUUUGACAAGAAACUCGACAGGCUUGGUGAUUGAUGGUCGAAUGACGACCGACCCUCGGAUGACUCCGUAAAUAUUGGAAACCUGAUGAUGUCUUCUUGGGAAUUUCUUUAUUUAGUUCAGUGAAAAUAUUUACGCUUAGUGAAUCCGUGAAUUCAAAAAGCUGUGUUUUUUAAUGUGUUCAUGAUGUGCUACUAUUCUUAAAUAAGUGAUAAGACGAAGUGCGUAGUUUACAAAAUCAUUAAUGGUUUCAUUACGAACUAUUGUUUUGCAUUUAACAUUUCUCUUAUCUCUAAACGAAAUUUUAAGAUCUCAACUUCCCGAAAAAGUGAAUAUAUGAAUAAAAAUCACGAAGAAAUGCCAAAUAAUCUAAAGCAUGCCUGCAAUUUCAUUUCAAUUUCAACUUCCAGAUGGUGUAUUCAGCCAAAGUGCGAAGUGCAAUAGUUUCAUGGAAAUGUGAAGUAGGCGCUGUUUGCUUGCGUUGGUCCGGUGCUGCGGCGCAAAUGCAGUGCCUACGUGUUACUUUGAAAUAAUGUUACACGUUACCUUGAAAGAACGUUAUGUGUUAGCUUGAAAUAAUGUUACACGUCACAUUGAAAUGAUGUUAUUCUAUAGCGAAAUUCCCGGGCGGUCACGCCAGUACAAUUCGUUUCCUUGCGAGCGGAAUUUAUCUCAUUCACAACCCCUCUCUUAUAUUCCUGAUGAGCAUCGGUAUAAUUUGAAGCCUGAUGUACCCCAUCCAGAAACACGUUUUGGGCACAAUCACUACGAAGGCCCUUUGUACCCUUCACAAUACGAUCCCGAUGUCUUCGAAAACAAUUUAUCAUGUUAUCGCUUGCAGCACGAGUCUGCAUGCAAUUUUUGUAUCUCUGAGUUACAAGAACCGUCGUAUAAAUCCCGUGUAGGCGGUGAACUGGAGGUCCCUCAUCCGUAUUCUCAACUCUCCGUGUCUCCGGACGCUCGUCUUGAAGUUGAAGAUGAACGCGAAUUCUUGAGAAGCGCUUCAUCUGAAUCGUCUGAACUCCUUUACAAAUUCCAGAGGCUUAGCGGCAGCUUCGCAAACCAAGAUCGAUCUCGGAUGCACGACUGUAGCACAAAAGAGCCUCCUGGACCUUUACUGAACCGAUGCUGCCAUCUCCCUUGCUCUUAUUUGAACCGCCCGUGCCCUUGCUUAAACCCCCUUUGCAUUUCCUUAAAUCGACCUUUCUUUUCCUUAAACUGUCCGUGUUCCUCCUGUUAUUUAUUUCUUCCUACCUUAAAUCUCUUCAAAACAAUCUCGAAUGAAAGUUUAGUGUAUAUCAUGCUGUGGCUCUUAAAUGUGAUGUUUAACAUCACUCAAUGCUUUAAAUAUCCACUUGAAUUAUUUUCAAUUUUUACGUAUUUUUUGUUUAUGCUCGGUCCCAAAGUAUUAUGUAGUUUGAGGAAACUCGGAGAGCCAUUGCAAAAUUAUGCUCUCGCCAACAGUGCUGCUCGAUCAUUAAAUGCCUUGUGCCGAACUAUUCGAGCGAUGUGUGGAAAAGUUAUGCAUGAUGCCGCUGACAUUGGAUAUUCCGAAACAUAUCGUAGGCAUUGCUUUCGACCCAAGUCCAGAGUGAAUGUAGGCCUAAAAAUUCUUCAAGCGAUGACGAUGUUCGCAGUUUUGUGCGGUGCAGUCGGCGAACAGAGCGCGGUUACCUCCACUGUCGGCUGCCUCAGAAACGCUUGCCAGGUUUCCUCCUUUGAAGUCGAUGAAAACUCUUGGGCGUGUCGACGAGCGCAUUAUCUCUCUGAUGAGGCCCAAAUUGGCUCUGAAUUUGCCUUGAAAAAUGAUCCUUUUGGCGGUCGCUACGCAAGAGACAGGAUCGAACGAUCGUUAUUUGAAGGUUCGCCCACUAAUGAUCCCCUCCCUUUGUGGAAGAUAAGGAACGUCAGAGACGCAGGACGCGACCAAAAGCCAUUCAGCCCUCAACGCCCCGCUAAGAAUAAAAAGUUCGGAGCUGGCGAUUUCGAUGACUAUUCCUCCCAGGAUGAAUUGCUUCAACCAAAAGCGACUGCUUUCAGAUCUGCUGCUUUUAAAAACUCGGACGUUGAUAUUGCGCAUGGCCGGCCGAACAACCGGCGGCCAACCAACGAGUACGGAGAGCGCUACCUGCUCACAGAGGAAGAUUUAAAUAACCCAGAUUUGAUCCCAUGGGGGUCUCCGGACCAAGACGCUCCCAGGCCUCGUGUUCCUCAGCUCCCUCAUCGUGCCAAAGAGAUCCCAGAUCCUCUAAAUUCAGGAAGAUUACCUAUCCCUCGCAUACCUGAGAGGGUUCCUCUAGCAGGCGGGGCUGUGGGAUCGAACCCGCUGUAUCCCGGCCGCAUCCCGAACUCGCGGAACGCGGCCGUCGAAGGAUUUUUGGACCGCCAACCUGACGUGCAAGUCAGCGGCGUCGUAACAGUGAAAGAAGUCACGUGUAAGCCGGUCGGUGUGAAGCUGUCCAGUAUAGAGCAAGUCUGUCCAGAACAACUCAGAAGUCUUGCUUACCUCGUCAGAAAAAUCGAUCUCUCUGGCAACGACAUCACGGUUAUCAAGAGGGACGACUUGGUGCCGUAUGCUUGCCUCCGCAAACUGGAGAUGCGAAGCAACGGCCUACACACGAUACAGGACGGGGCUUUCAGGACGCUGUCAGACCUCCGAAGACUAGACUUGAGUAGCAACAACCUCACCGUCCUCACCGGCAGUCAGCUGGCAGGUCUCCACAAUCUCAAACGAAUAAAACUGUCAGACAAUCCGCUGCGCGUCCUCCAUCCCAGCCUCGCCUCAGCCUUGCCGUCCGUCUCCUUCAUAGACCUGACACAGACGUCUCUGUGGUGCGACUGUUCCCUGCAAUGGCUAGUGGCGGCCAUCACUGGACAGGCUCUGCCCUCAGGGCUCACGUCGCCCCCACCGCCCCCGGGGGGCAGCAGCGGGGACGGCGCCCUCAGGGUGUCAAAGGGCACGACGUGUGCAGGUCCUGAUCACCUCAGGGGCAUCGCCGUGCGCUCCCUGUCCUUGGACGAGCUCCUCUGCGAGGGCGGCGCCCCGGCAGGACCAGCAACACUGGACCUGGACCCCGGCUGGGACCAGGUGGUCUUCGCCGGCGACAGUCUCACCCUGCGCUGCUUCCUCAGCCUCCCUUUGAAUCCGCGGCAGCUGUCAGUCGAAGAUUCGUUCUCGUUGGCCACGAGAAAUUCGUCACGUGAAGCCAAAAUUUUUUGGUAUCAGGACGAUGUUCUAAUCCACCCCACCUCCACACCACCAUCCACCACUCCGUUAUCCAGCACACCGGCCUCUCAUCCGAACACAACCACUUCUUCACCAUCGUCGUCUACCGGGCCUUCGUCUGACGUGGCUGAAGGAGUUCGGCUGGUGACGGUGAGGCCGCAGGUCGUGCCCCAACAGGAGGCCAUUUCUGCCACCCCGGGGCCUCCUGACAACUCCUCCGCAGAGGCCAUCGUCGUCAGCACCCGUCACCGUCAGGACGGAGUCGAGAGUUUGGUUCAAAUCCGGCGGCUGGGCGCACAUCACGGUGGGCAGUGGGCAUGUCGAGUCGAAACCUCCGAGGAAAAAAAUACCACCGAUGAAACUGGUAAAAAUAAAACAGGGAAAGUUAGUGCAACUUCUCAGGGGGAAGCUGGAACUGCUCCUCUUGGGGAAGAUCGGAAAGUUCCUGUCGAGGUCGAAACAUCCGCCUUUCCCAAGGCUGCGGGAACUCUCAUCGCUAAAGGAACAAACGUCGAUAAGCUUGAAUUCAAAAUGAACAGAGGCAACGACUCGCACGGUCAUCUUGAUAAAACGGUCGACACGAAGCUACGCGAUCCGCUGACCGCGAUACCCAAGCCGCGGUAUCGCGCCAGCAGCAACAGCAAGUCGCUCAGCGUUUAUGUCAUCCACCGCCACACCAAAUACUGUCCUUUUAAUGAGACGCGCGACGAGCGCGGCGUCAUCUCGUGGCCACACACCGUAGCCAACGUGGUAGUGAGUCUACCAUGCCACGGAUCCUCCUCAUCCACCUCAUUCCACCACAACCAGUUGUACCACUUCACUGGGGACCACCCAGUCCUCCACCCACCCACUGCGUACCACACAUGCUCCUCUAAUGGUACCUGGGAGCAACUCAGGACCGACGAAUGCCCUUUCGCGUCCAAAACCACGCGGAUUCUACAGCAAUUUUCCCUGACUAAUCUCACGACGAGCAAGACGACUUUGUUGAGGAGCACGCGUAGCUUGCAUAACUUCACGUGUGGAGGCGAGCAGGUCUUGAAUGGCCCCGCAGACGUGGUCUUUCUUGCACGUACAAUUGAGUAUUACACUUCAGAGCUCAUGGCCAGCGUCGACAAGGUAGCUAGGAGUGCGCCGGCGAGUGUUAAUGCUGCUGAUGUACACCUGCAGCCAUCAUUUGCACUCAGAAAUUCCGAGAACAGAGAGGUCGCCGCCAUGCUUCUAGACCUCGUUGCCGCGUCCAUGGUUGUUUCUGCUGGUAACCUGAGCGCUGCGGAGACGAGGGACCACGCGUGUAACAGGCUCCUAACGGCGCUGUGGACGGUGACGAGGUCCGUGCCGACCGUCAGCCAGGCCUCACUUCCCCAUCUGCACGUCCUACAAAUACCCAUGCCGGAGCCUCGUGCCCUAGCCAGCAAUCCUGAGGGGCGCUCGGCUGUUGAAAGCUUCGAUCCAAACAUUGCUUCUACGAACUCCGAUGAGCACGGCGAUAAUUCUACUACAAGAAGGCUUCACGUCGUCGAUGGCGAACUAAAAAUCAGGAGUUUAAAACCUGAAAGUAUCGUGGAAAGAUCGUCUAGAGUAUCGAGGUCUGCGAUUGGUAAUAUUCAGCUGGUGAAGCGCUCUUUCGCCGACAAUGAAGCGUUAAUGGACGCCAAAAGAAAUUCGUUCAGUGCAGAGAAACAAGAAAUGAAUUCGAGAUUACACAAACGAAAUGUCGACCAUGUUGCUCCAUCCACUACAAAGCCAGAAACAGGAAAUCGUUUUGAAGAGCUUGCGCGUCUUGACUCUUCAACUUCCAAGUCGAUUCAUAAUCUUAGACUUCAAUCUGAGGUAUCGAACCUUGAAAGUGCUACUGCUCAUUUACGCGAUUCUACUGAAGAAAAUCUUGUGCCUGAAUCUACACGGACUCCUUUUGUGCAAACUACGACGUCAAAUGUCUUACGAGACCUUGACACUCCGGACACAGCAGCGCCGUUGGAACUUGACGGGCCUCGCUAUAUUGAGUUCUCGAACAGCGAUAACAAGAAGACGCUGCAGCGACUUCAUGAACGUCUGCAGAAAAAGGUUGCGUCUCCCGAAGCGUUGGUGUGCGUUCUUCACAGACGUUCGCUGCACAGCAGACAGCGACGCCUGUCUUGCCAGUCAUCGUCUCAGGGCGCCUCGAGACCCGACGAUGCUGUGGUCGACGCAGUGCUUGAGAUUCCUGCGGCACACUUCAGUCGAUUUUUCCAUCUGCCGGAGAAUUCGCCGCCUGUCAAAAAUCAAACCAAGUCGAAUACAGAAAAAGUGAGCACAGCUUUUGGAUCAUCGGCACCCGCUAACAUGCGUCUCGUAGAUGCAGCCCCGGGGACCGCUGAUUUUCGAGAUAGAUUUGUUCCCCCCAAAAAAUCGAAUAUAGGCGACCAACAUGGCCCUGAUUUCCUCAGUCUUGAAAACGAAAGUAUAUCUUCAUCUGGUAUAGCAUCUAAACAGCAACAGCACACAAAACUGAAUGACGAUAACAAGCGAAAUACAAGAGACGUCACUCGUUUGAGUAGCAACCUGCUUGUACCCAAUCAAACUGUGUGGCCGCAACCUCAAGGCCCGAACCUCGCCGACACUCUCCUUAAACGCAACAUGGAUUGGAUGCACCUGGGUCAGUCGCACGACUACGCUCCGCCAAGCUCCCGUCGGAUCCAUGUUUUCGCAUUCGAAACCUCUAAGCUUUUCCCUCACUUUGCCGUUGAAAAUUCUUCGUUCGUUAACUGGGAUGUGACAUCGGUGGUUAUCGGCGCUCGCCUUGAUGAUCAAGGUCUCAACGAGAGCUUUUCGUUACUCGGCAAUUCAGUGACGGUGACGUUGCGCACGACUCUAUACAGUAACAACAUCAGACCGGUGUGGUGGAGAGCUGGCGACUUUCAAAAAGGGUCUAUGGGAUCUUGGUCCAGCGAGGGCUGCGAGGUGUUGAGGAUUGUCAACUCUAAAAUCAUAUUCCAGUGUGACCGACUCGCUCACUACGGUAUAUUGCAAGACACGAGUUUCUUGAAAACCAGAAUUUCUGACACAGGUGCAGAAUUCCGCCUCAGUGCUCCGGCUGUCUAUGUUGGGAGUUUUGUGUGCGCUUUCCUGCUAAUGAUCACCAUCGUUACGUGGGCCAUUCAUCACCCACGUAUACACACUACCAGUAAAAACAAACACUCAUACAUCAACACCUGGAUUGCCCUCAUGCUCCUCAUUGUUCUUUUUACAGUUGGUGUUUAUCAGACCGAAAGUCGACCUUUUUGUCAAGGCAUUGGCAUCCUAUUGCAUUAUCUCUCAUCUUGCGUGCUACUCUGGAUUAUUGUGUCUGUGUCAAACCUGUAUAAGAAAGUUACGAAAGCUUUGCGACCUCCUCUGCUUUCGGACGAUCCUCUUCCUGACUCUCCUUUGCCACCGAAACCCAUGUUGAGAUUUUACCUCGUAGGUUGGGGCAUCGCUCUGAUUUUGUGCGGUAUAUCUGCAGCUGUUAAUCUGCACCAUUAUGCUGGGUACAGCUACUGCUUCCUUGCCUGGGCUCCAAGCUUGGGGGCCUUCUAUGCUCCAUGCGUCGUCCUAGUAACAAUUCUGUGCGUCUUCUGUCUCCUCACUCACUGCAUGAUCAAGUCUGAUCCUGGGAGCUACUCUGAGGCAGCUGCUAAUACCGAGACUACAGAACUAGAACUUCUGGACGCUGCUUCCCCGAACUCCGAGAAUGUCACCACCAAUUCAGGCCACACAUCUCACCUCACGGCUCAUCUCAACUCUGACAGACUUAACGCUGAUGAGCUCAGUCUGUCUUCGAGUGUCAGCGAAAAUCUGUAUGACAGCCACCACAGUCCGCUGACGCAGCUGCGAGCGCAUGAAGUCACAUUGCUGCUGUUUGUGUUGACCUGGGCAUCAGCUGCUAUCACGACUGCUGGUCCUUUUCAGUCCGUAAUAUCUCAUCAUAUAACAAUCUUCAGUCUCGUCUACGCCAUCUGCUCGUCGAGUCUCGGCAUAUUUAUUUUCUUAUUCUUUUGUCUUGGGAGAUCAGACGUUAAGCAAGCAUGGCGUGCGACCGACCUGAAAUCAUGCUUUUGGAUAAAACCGAUUGGAGAAGAAGUGCAAGUACAAGUGGCUAACAAUACAGUUGCUGCCAGCAGCAGCGGUGGCAGUGGAGGUAGCGGCACGCAUCUCAUUCCUGUCAGUAACACGAGUGUUGCAUCUGGAAAUCAUUUCAGUGGCGUUCACUCGGUCCAGACUAUUCACAACAACCACCAAGAGAACAACGUCUUGCAUGCGGUCGCCAACAGCGUUCAUAGUUACGAUUCUUCUCGUUCUCCCACCAUCAAGUCAUCGUCUGUUUCUCACCAAGUUUCUUCACCCAUUAAGAGCGACGUGUUACUCAAGUCUGAAAACGUCAGACCUCAAGGAACGGCAUUGCAAAUGAUAAAUUUUGGUGCUGCUUCUGAAAAUUUUCAAUAUUCUCCUGAAAUGUUCUACAAUCCAAAACAAGCUGGCGUCGCAAAGAGGUUUUUCCAGAAACAGCGGAUGAAGCAAUUGAUCAAACAAAAUAAUUUUGGAAUUAAUCGUGAAGAAGACAGCGACUGUAACUCUUCGGUGCUCUACAGACCGCGACCUGUACGUUCCAAUAACUCAGGCUCUGACGUGUCAAGCUUCGAUCCAUCGUUUCUGGGAGCGUCUAGUAAAGUGAAUAACACAAACAUCCAUGUGGAUCAUAAUUUAUAUUCCUACAUGUCGGCGAAUAAACAAGCCUCUAAGACUCCAACACCUGAGCUGCUGUGCGUUUUUGGUCCGCACAAAGACCAGAACAUCACUAAUGCCGAAAAACAUAAAAAAUCAUUUUCUCGAAGUCCAAACCAGACAGACCACAUCCCUCGUAUUGACGCUACUAAUGCCUACCAGUAUUCCUCCGAGAGUUCAUACCAAACGCCUUCCAAGGCUCAUGUCACCGAUCGCAAAGCCAGUCCAAACCUGCACGUUGAAACAGAAGUAAUCGUUUCUCGUCAGCGCAGUCCUGCCUGCGAGAGCUCGGCCGACGAAGCUGAGUUGCACCAGAGUCGCAAAGCUGGCAGCAGAGGUCGGCUGCCAGGAAAACAGCGUCAUAGAAGGACCAAGUCGAAGAGUGGAGUUGUAAAAGACAAGUGGGCUACAAGUAACGAAGGCGACGUGCCGUUAAAUGAGUUACCACAAAUGAUUAGUGAUCAAGCUUCUGCUGAUUCCAAGUAUAUCUCUCCAAACUCUGUUCCUGACAACGGUUUAACGCAGAUGACAGCCAAUGCCUUGGCUGAUUCGUUUGGAAAAGAAUCAAUAGGGUCUUCUUCUCCUGUUUUUGGGCUGAAAGUCGAGAACGUUGACCCCGAUAAUAUCACCGUUCACUCAUCACUUGUCGAUUCACAUCCCAGUUGGCCUCAUGUACUUUCCAGCUCAUCAACUGCGAAGAAAGCUCGUGGUCAGCGCUUGAAUAUCCCUUGGCACGAAGACCUCCAAGCUGUUGGGAGUUGGGACAGCGAAACUGGCGAGGAAAUGUCAUGUUGUGAAGGUGGUGGAGAAAAAAGGUUCAGUGUUGGCGAUGUCAGCGACCGAGUCAGUGUAUGUGGUACGUUCAACACGAGCCGGAACAGCAUGUGUAGCGAUGUCAGUAUCGACGACAGCAGCAUUGCCACAAGUCUGAUAGCCGGGGCUGACACAAGCCCACCAGCAAGCCUGCUUGUUUCUGAUCCACCUUUUGAUUCUCCGUUGCAUCGCUUGCACCAGAAUACCCCUGAUGAUGCUUCUGUUUCAUCUAGUUUUGUUUCGUCGCCAGUGCGACGUCCUUUUUCUCCCUCAAACUUUCCUUUCUUUAGGAAUGAGAAUAAUGCUCCUGGAAAAAACGAUAAUGAUUAUCCUUGCAAUACUGGCAAUAUCAAAGGCAAAAGAAGGGUUCGGAAGAAGAGUGAUCGAGGUAGUAAAUCUUACCCCGAGUCUCCCGCUAGUCCUCCAGAUUGCAGCCAGCAUGCGGCUAGCUUAGGGCGGCAAAAUCGCAAUCUCACUAGACACGGACAAGAUAUACUUGAAUUCCAUGGGUCAGUAGAUGGAAAACGAAUCUCAGUAAAGGACCCUGGAACUAUUGAAGAGAGAUUCACACCCCGAGAUGAUGUGGGUGAUGCAUCUGAGGCAGACUACGAUGUGACGCAGACAGAUCGCUCGUCGACCGUGAGUACCGACAUCGCUGCGUGCCAGCUUCUCAUGACCACGCCGCGCUCUGAAGGAUCUAGUGAUUCUGACUGCGCACCUAUAGCAUUCAUUAACCAGGAACCUCCAAUAAAUAUCGCUGAGGAGUUUACUCGAAGGAGAGACAUCAAACGUCGAUCAAAAAAUACUAAUAGACAGGGUUUAGUAUUCUCAUCUAAAAAUUGUAUAAAUGAAGACCAAGUUGCGGAAUUUAUAAGCAGUUCCAGCGAUGAAGAAGCAAUUGGUAACUUCUCUUCUACGCCGACGUCAGCCGUGCCUCUUCUUUCCUCGCUGACUGAGCCUCUACUUUAUCCUACUCCUCGGGAAGACCAAGUACGGAAUUCCAAUGCUGCCAAUUUAUCAAGAAGAGUAGAAUCUUCCGAAUCUCUACUGUCACACGUAUCUCCAGUUCCUGGCUUUGAAUCUGCUAUUUUUUGCCAGCCCGACGUCCCAGUUGUUCUUUCUAAGCCUUUGUUGACAUCAACUCCAAUUAACCAGUUUUCUCCGCUCGAUAAUUCGUCCCAAUUAUUUUCUUCCAACUCAGCCACUAAGGACCUGCAGUUUCCUGGCCCAUCAUCCGCUGCGCCAGUGCAAGAUGUUAAAUUAGCAAAGGGCUCAUCACCCUUGCCCACCAUUGAACGCUUGAAGAGUAGGACUACAUUUCCUGCCGAUCGGACUAGUUUAAGUCAAUCGAAAACUUACUCAGAUAUUCCUAGUGCUGCCAAGUCAGUGUCAAUAGACAGCAGCGAUCAAAGUACGUUGGUAUCCAGAGGUAAAGGUAGCUUAGAGAUUUCUGACUCGUGUAAAUCUAGUCAAAAUGCAGAAUAUGAUAGGCGUGUAAAUAUCGGUAAUGAUAGUGCUAACUUUAACGAUAACUUUAGGUCGAAUUUAGAGAAAACCCCCGUGCAAGAUGCUGCUGGUUCCUCGUGUUCUAUAGAUUCUGAUGGUGCUUUGCUCGGAUCAAGCUUGGGCAAUCUCCCUGAAGGUGUCAAAAUCUGUGCCAAUCUUUCAGAAGCAAACAUGUCAGCGACCCAAGAUUCCUCGGCAGAUUCCUGCUCUAGCCGAGAAACCUGCGUGUGAAGAACAGAAUUUAAGAUUUAAAUGAAUUCUUUUGAUGCAAGUCGCUUGUCACGAGAAAACUGUGUUUUGAUACUAAGUUUAUCAGGUACAUUCUGUAUUCGGUUUGCAGACUCUGAAUAAAUGUAGAAAAAACGUUAAAUUCAUGCAGUAAAUUCUGAAUGUAAUAUUUACAAACUUGAUUAUAAUUUCGUGGAUUUCCAUGCAGUUAACUCCGUAUAAAUCUGUAAACUGUGUAAAGCUAUCAGGGAAGUGUAGAUAAAGCUUGACUGAAGCUCGCUACAUAUCAGACUGGAGUUUCUGACGUCAAUACAGGCAUCUUAUUUCAUAUUUCUCAUUAAUACUUAACUACUAGAAAUAUUUCAUGUGAUUCUUGCGUUAUUUCUCCGACCACGUAACGUAUGUUAACAUUUUGUUGUAUGAUCUCAACCUAUGCCCGAUUAUACCUCCUUGAUCGUGCUGGACAUUCUUCGAUAAUUACAAUGAUGUAAUCUCAACUGUGUAGCCCAGAACUGAACCAGAUGAAUUGAUAAGCUUGGCGACGUGUAUCUUGUCGACCUAGUGUUAUCUUAAUAAUUGUGAAACUUGUUAGAAGGAUCAAAUUGUUAAGCGUAACGAGGUGUUUCUUGUCGACCAAGUGUCAUCUCAAUUGUGAAACUCGUUGAAAGUAUCAAAUUAGCGAGCAAAGCACAGAGAACAAUUAAGGAAAACACUUUUCCCUAAUUUUGUGGUGUUAGCCUUAUGUAUUGUUACAUAUUUGUGUCAAUAAUUUAAGUUCGCUUUAAAUGCUUUGGAUUCAUAAACAUCUCUGUCGAAGAAAUUUGAUAUUCAUUAUUGAACGACAGCUAAAUUAUUCACAUAGUUAAUUUUACUCGAGCUUGUUGACGGUUAUUGUGGCUGGUAGGGUUAUCUCAUGGCUGUAAAUCAAUUGUAUCUCUCUGUACGAAUAUCAUAAUUAUUAUGACAGAAUUAUAUUUCCAUGUUUUCUUUCCGUGGAUGAACCCAAUUAUCAGUUUUUGUCUUUUAAACUUGAAAGUUUUAAAAACUUGUACUGUUGAAAGGUACUUAAAAAUUUAGGAUAUAUGAAUAUAAAUUAGGAUAAAAUUAUUAGUUCAGGUUUUUUGUUCUUGCGCGUAUUGGGCAUUGCUCGUCUGGAUU